AUGGACGAAGCCGUGAGGCCCAGCUACAACCCCAAUUUCACUGAUCGCUUGCUCGUGGGCUUCUUCCAUCUCGUCAACAAGUUCGUCCCAUGGCACAAGCUCCCCAGCUUGGUCGGUGCACUCAACUUGGAGGCCCUGCGCGUCGAACUUCGCCAGUACAACUUACACGAUGUCUAUCCUUCUGGAGCUGCCCAAGGCACCCAGUCCACCGUGCCCAUGACCGACAAGCGAUUUGAAACUGCCCGCAACUCGGAUGGCAAGUUCAACUCAACCGAAAUGCCACUCAUGGGGUGUACUGGGAUGCGUUUGGGGCGCAAUUUCCCCAGAGCCUUUUGCCCCAAGCCUUACGACGACGAUCUGUGGAACCCGAAUCCGAGAAUGUUGAGCGAGCAGUUCAUGGCACGAAAAUCGUUUAUUCCAGCUACGACCUUGAACCUACUUGCCGCGGCCUGGAUCCAAUUUCAAACCCAUGACUGGUUCUUCCAUCAGAAUAGCAAGCAGAACUACGACAUCCCCCUGCCUCCUGGAGACAAGUGGCCCCAUGGCAAAAUGGAACUGCCACAGACAGAACCGGAUGAGAUUCUCAGCGAGACCGACCGCAAGUGUCCCGGCUACAAGAACGUCAACACGGCGUGGUGGGACAGUUCUCAGAUCUACGGCUCGUGUGAGAGCGUAACAGAGAAACUCAGGAAUCAACACAGCGACGGCAAGCUGUUGCUCACCAAGGAUGGCCGCGCACAGUUCCUGCCGCGUGACGACCAGGGCAACCCGCUGACGGGGUUCAACAACAACUGGUGGAUAGGGAUGGAAAUGUUGCACACUCUUUUUGCGUUGGAACACAAUUCGAUCUGCGACAUGCUGCGGCGGAAUUACCCGGACUGGACCGGUAACCAGAUCUUCGACAAGGCUCGGCUCGUCAACUGUGCGCUCAUGGCCAAGAUCCACACCGUGGAAUGGACUCCAGCUAUUCUCGCACACCCGACACUCAAGAUUGGCAUGAAUGCAAACUGGUGGGGGCUCGUCGGCGAGUCCUUGACAAAGAUGCUGGGUCGUAUCUCCAAGACAAGUGAGGUCAUCAGCGGCAUUCCGGGGUCAGGGGUCGACCACUUCGGCGUGCCGUAUUCCCUCACCGAGGAGUUCGUCUCAGUUUACCGUAUGCACUCUCUGAUCCCGGAUACAAUUGCCUUCUUCGGCGCGCGCGAUGGCGAACUCAAACUCCGCCAGCGAGUCGACGAGAUGCUCUUCAAGGACGCGCAGAAACCACUGGAUGGACCCCUUACCUUCGCUGACGCUUUCUACUCUUUCGGCAUCAACUAUCCCGGCGCAAUCACCAACUCGAACUACCCGGACUUUCUCCGCAAUCUGACCACCCCUGACGGGCUGCAUCGGGAUAUGGGUACCGUGGACAUUCUUCGAGACCGCGAGCGUGGGGUGCCACGAUACAACCAAUUCCGACGGUUGCUGCGCAUGCCGCCGGCCAAGACCUUUGAGCAGUUGACCGGCGGCAACAAGGAACUGGCUGCGGCCCUCUCGGACGCGUACGGUGGUGACAUCGAGCUGGUGGACACGCUGGUCGGGUCGCACAGCGAGCCUGUACCAGCCGGGUUCGGGUUCAGCGACACGGCGUUCCGUAUCUUCAUCCUCAUGGCGUCACGCCGGCUGAAGAGCGACCGCUUCAUUGCGGGCCAGUGGAAUGCGGCGACGUAUACGAAGGAAGGCCUCCAGUGGGUGCAGAACACGGGCAUGAAAGACGUCCUGGUCAGACAUUUCCCCGAGCUCAAACAGGUGUUGGACAAGAAGAGCGUCAAGAAUGUGUUUGCGCCCUGGGAGAAGUUGCCUGGGUCGGUGUCGUAUCAGGGGAUUGAGACGAACGCGCCGCCCAAGAAGAAAAAGUAA